AUGAACCGGUCGUCCGAUCCUCAUUGUGCAGUUCCAGCCAUGGAGACGAGUGACAGGCUAUUCCGUGAAACUGGAAAGGAAGGGGAGACCGAGCACCAGUCGGCAGUUGAGGACUCGUCUUUGGUUGUUUCGACGCCUUCAAGAGCACGAUGCCACGCUGAUAAGGCGGGAGAGGCGCUGGAUCCUGCUGUCGCUCUUGACAGCGGAACUGGAAGGCCGCACGUUGGAUUGGCUGACACCGCUCAAGAGACGUGCGCACAAGAAAAUUCCGGUCGCGCUUCUUCACCGGAAAUAGCGAAGGCUGGAUUAGAAGAAAUACCUCAGCUACCAGCUACCUGCCGUAGUGGUGCGUCUGCGGCUUCGGCUACAAGCGGUAUCAUGGAACAACAACGCGACGAACAGCCCGACGGACUAGCAAGUGAACACGUAGUGAAAGGAGAGGAACCACAAAGCUCAAAAGGGUCUGAAUCAUCGCUCCUUUCCGCAAGGAGGCGAGAGCGAGAGGGUGUCAGGUCACUGGCAGGAAAGGCUGACAGCUAUCGUGAGAGAGGGUCGUCUCCUCUACCAGCCGACGAUUUGUGCGUACUCCGGAGUGAGGGCACCGUUUGCUACCCUGACAAAGAAACAGAAAGGCGUUCAGGUGAAUGUUUACGCAGUGAGACAGAUGCAGCACCUGCGUUUUCUGAGCCAGGGAGGUCUCAAUGUGCACGGUGCGGCGGGGGGGGACAGCUGCGCUGCUGCGUUAGCUGUGUACGAUCUUUCCAUUCCACAUGCUUAGAACAGUCACUGCCGUCGUCGAAUGGCUUAACAUUUCGUACGUCCCAAUGGACAUGCCCAGCCUGCCAGGCGAUAAACAGAGACGAUCCUGGACAACAACAGCAAAGUGAGAGCGGGCGGGCUGGUCGGGAGGGGAUUCUAGAAAGGGGGGAUGGCGAUAGCGAUGCUGUCGGGAAUCUGGCGGAAGGGGAAGAACCAUCUGGGGGAAAAGGGUCAUGUGGGGAUAGCGCGGACGCGGACGAUGCUCAGGAGGCCACCCCAGCAGCCGAUAAGGAACCUCUUCAGGACUCUAAAGGUGCUUCACUCCCUGAUGAAAUCAUGUGCGGAGGAGUUUGCCAUACAGGCGAGAAGAAGGAAUAUAUGGCAACGAAAAAGCGACAUGCUGGGGUAGCUGUAUCCCCGAAAGCGACAGCCAGUCAUGCUUCGCCACGGUCAGCGAGCCCGAGUCCGUCACAUUACAGUCGGAAGAGGCGACGAUGUGAAGGCGAAGCUGGCGGCACGUCCAGGUGCAAAGUCAAUAUAGGUCCAAGACACCAAGUGCCUGCCGUGCCACCAUUCUUUCUGGACUCUACUUGUGCGUGGGACGGGAAAGCGGAGACGCUAUCCGAUUUCCAGGGUUUAUAUGCAAACGACACAGACGACACGGCCAGAUUGGUUUACUCACCAUAUGCCAUGCAACGAGUUUACAUGAAGAGGUUGGCGGAAGGUGCGGGUGAUAAAAUAAUCAAGAAUGCUGAAGAAAUGAAUUCUUUCAUCCAGCGCGUCGCCCAGAACUGGACAAGCAAGUCUGGCUGGCAGCCCUUCUCUCCAGAGUAUGCAUACAAGUUGCUCCACUUUGCAGGAUACGAUCCACAUCGGGCGAUUCGGAUCAUGAAAGACCCAAACUUCUGUUUUACCGCAAUAUGUGAUCCGCCGCAGCGGCGUUACGACAAUAAGUGGAGACCCAAUGAUCGAAGAGGCCAGAUUGGGACCCACCCGUACCCGUGUCCUCUCACGCUUCGUGCCUACUUGUCUAAGCGCAAUCAACAUGCUGCAGCUGCUUUUCACCGUGGCGCCCCUAGGUGA